GCAGUAUCAACAUGGCAGCUUUCUGAGUUUUGGUGGGGGGAACCAAGAGUAAAUAAUCAGAAAACUCCACUUUCACACCUAGCGACAGCGUUCACCUGCUUGUGUUUCAACACUGGUAUUGUCACAGAAGGAAAAUGUCAAGCGACGGAAACAAAAAACAGUUCUGGAAAAGAAAUGCAGCGAAGGUUCCUGGCAGCAUUCAACAUGUGUAUGGCGCACAGCAUCCUCCAUUUGACCCUCUUCUUCAUGCCAACUUAAUUAAAGCAGGGAACAAGCCUCCUCCAGCGACGCCAAACAAGCCCAAGAAGGCUACCACGUUCCAGGAGUUUGAGAGCAUCACAAGUGAUGCAUGGGAUGUUGGGGAUGAUGAUGAUGAGUUGCUGGCCAUGGCUGCACAGAACCUUAAUAUUGAGGUAGUCAUGGAGACGGCCAAUAAGGUGAUUGAGAAUCACAGUAAGCAACAGGAGAGGCAGAGACAAGAUGACACAACAGAACUGGAACAGAGAGAAGAGGAUGCCUCAAAAGUGGUGGCAGAUGAGGAAGAGGAGGAGGAAGAAAAUGAGGAAGCAGAAGUGGGGGAAGAGGAAGAAGAAGAAGAGAUAGAAAACCGGUUGGAGGGAGGACAUGAGACCAGCCCAGUGGUGUCAUUUGCCUCUCAGAACAGCCCUCACACUGAUGGCCGCCUGGUGAAGUCCCACAGUGAGGCUCCAAUAGGGUCACCUAAAGAUGCAGCAGGUGAGCAUGCAGCCCUUCACAGACAACGGUCUCUAUCUCACCGGUCGCCAGUCAUCCCCCUUGUGGCUCGCAUUGCUGAUCAGAACACAUCUGGCACCCCGGCUUUGACAGAGAGAGAAGCAUCCCGUCUCGAUAAGUUCAAACAGUUGUUGGCUGGACCCAACACAGAUCUGGAGGAACUACGGAAACUCAGCUGGUCGGGAAUCCCAAGACAAGUCAGACCGAUAACUUGGAAGCUCCUUUCAGGUUACCUACCAGCUAACGCAGAAAGGAGAGAGAGUGUCCUGCAGAGAAAGAGACAAGAAUAUUUUGGCUUCAUACAACAGUACUAUGACUCUCGCAAUGAUGAACACCACCAGGACACAUAUAGACAGAUUCACAUUGACAUACCAAGAACUAAUCCCCUUAUUCCUCUCUUUCAACAAGCUUCUGUCCAAGAGAUUUUUGAGCGCAUCCUGUUUAUCUGGGCCAUCCGCCACCCGGCCAGUGGCUACGUGCAAGGCAUCAACGAUCUGGUCACGCCGUUCUUCGUCGUCUAUGUUUUUGAGUACAUCGAGGAGGAAGUGGAAAACUUUGACGUGUCCAGUCUUCAGGAAGAGGCUCUGAGGAAUAUUGAGGCUGACAGCUUCUGGUGCAUGAGCAAACUUCUGGAUGGUAUUCAGGACAACUACACAUUCGCCCAGCCAGGCAUUCAGAGAAAAGUCAAGGCCUUAGAGGAGCUGGUCAGCAGGAUUGAUGAGAAUGUGCAUCGCCACAUGCAGCAGUAUGAAGUAGAGUACCUGCAGUUUGCCUUUCGCUGGAUGAACAACCUCCUGAUGCGAGAGCUGCCAUUACGUUGCACGAUCAGACUAUGGGACACUUACCAGGCUGAACCGGAGGGUUUCUCUCAUUUCCACCUCUACGUGUGUGCGGCCUUUCUGGUGAGGUGGAGGAAAGAAAUUCUAGAGGAGAAGGAUUUUCAGGGGCUUAUGAUCCUAUUGCAGAACCUUUCAACAAUGCACUGGGGAAAUGAGGAAAUGAGUGUACUGCUGGCUGAAGCCUACAGGUUGAAGUUUGCCUUCGCUGAUGCACCAAACCACUACAAGAGAUGAUCAGUGUAGCGCUCUGCAGUUGCUCAUCCCCGCCCUGCAGCCUUCUACUGGACUUUGAGGCACUAUUCUAAACCUGGAAGGACCUCUCUUUUUCUUAACCUCUUCUUUCCUUGUUGGCUGUUUGGCCUUUCAGCUACUAAGAGAUUUAAAUCAACCAAUGACUUAGGAGACAUGUGGUGUAGCAUUCUGACAAAAUGAUGUUAUUUUUCUCUGAUCACCUCUGAAAUUUGCACUCCUUCAGCUCAAUACAGAGCCCUCUUAUCACUGAAUCCAAAAACCUUUGUUGGAGUUUGGUCAGUUCAAGCCUAAAUGUUAUUUUCUACUAAUUUUUAUUUAUAGUUAUUUGCUAAUAAUGUUUUUCAGGAGGCAAAGAUGUUAUCUUUUUUACUUUGAAAAGACAAAGAAAGGCGGUAAAAGGUCAUUGAUGAUGAGGAUGAUUUAUGUAACAGAACCCUCUUAAAUGUUUUCUUCAAUCUUACUCACCCACAUUUGUUUUCUCUCAGCUAGUUUGGCUUUUAACCAAGAGAAAGCAAAGAUUUCACAGAGAUUUUCAUCCCUUCUUCCACAAACCAACUCAACCAUUAAACUUAUUCUGUCCUUCUGCCAAACAGCAACAUCAAACUGUUUAAGUGAGGGUCUUAGCAAAAGGCAGGAAGCCAUUAGGAAUUCAGUAGUUGAAUUUUGCCACUUUCUAGCCUUUGACUUGCUUAUGAAGGGCCAUUUUUUUUUUUAAAUGGAAGCCAUGACUACCUCAGAGCAGACAUUACACACAAGUGAGAAGUAGAAGUCCAGCCAAUAAGGCACACUAAGACCAACAAUGCAUAUUAAAUAUUACAAUUAGAAAUAAACUUGCUCUCUUUUUUAAAGCUCCUUCAGAGGGUUGUUUUAAGUAAAUCUCUAAAGCAGUAGUUCCCAACCUUACCCCUACUCCUAGACCGAGAAAAGCUUAGCCCACCCAUGACCCACUUGGAAAAAUUCAGCAUCGAUUUUAGUUGUUUUCAUUAGGAAUUCUGCAACACGACGUGCCUACAUACACUUAUUCUCUACAAAACACCUGAGUAUGAACUAUCCAUUAUGAUGCCAUUUUUGCGCAACUUCAGCAAAACUUAAAGAGGAUCUAGUGAUUAUUGAGAUACAAACGUCAAAAUUCUCAAGGUUAGAGCCAUUAAUUUCUAAGAAAAAAGGUUGUUUUUUAAAAAAACUUUAAAUGUUGUUAUUGUAAGUAAGCCAAAACUUUGAAUUUUUGAGAUUAUAAAGUAGAAAAGUUGAAAGCCAGACCACUGUUUGGGUUCGGUUUCAGGUAAACUUUUGAUUUUGCACUGUUGUAAAUUUAGGGUUCUAAAAACUUGAAAUUUAUGAGUUUCUCAUGUCAAAAUUCAGACUUUAAACUCAAAAAUUUCGAGUUAUUCUCCAAAAACUAUGACCAUGAAUUCUAUGCUUUUUUAACCAUUGUGUCUCACCUGGACUUUUUGUCUUAAAAAGCUUGCAAAGUCAAGCUCUAAACUCCCCUUUUUUAGGAUAGCCUGGGCUUUAAGAAUAUGUGGGCUGCAGUAAUGUCACUGGAAUUUUAAAAAAGCUAUGGCACUAAUUGGAAAUCAAAACUAAUGCAUUAAACACAGUAAACAUUAAUGACUAAGAGGAACAAGCUUGUCCUCCGAUCUCUUUAGGACUAAAGAAUUAAGAAAUUAAUCAUUCUGUGUCAAAAAGCCUUCAAAAUAUUCACAUUUUUACCAAAAACCUCCUAGCACUUUUGGGAAUUUUGGUCAUUAUUUAAAGUGCUGUGACUUUGAAGGACACGUCACAGCCUCUCUGUGUCUUUUUCUCUCUACUAUGAGUCAUUCAGGCUCUCUCCUUCAGUCUGUGCACAUGCGCUGUUCAGCAAAGCAGCCCAGUCGCAAUGUAUUCUGGGAUACAAACAGACAGUAUGGCAGAGGGCUAACUGCAGGAACGAUUGAAAAAUUAUCAUUAAUGGAUUAAAAAAAGAUGUUCUACGUUAGAGUUACUGAUCUGGAUUAUGGCUCUCUAGAAAACGUUCUGUAAGAGUUACAAAGGCGUGGAUAGCUUCAUUAGAGCGGCACAGAGGAGGGCUUUCAGAGGAAAUAAGUCAGUGCCUACAAUUUAUGAUUCAAAAGUUAAUUCACUUUGAAUAGCACGUGUCACUUGACGUACGCCAUCCUCAUAAGGUUAAACUCUGAAAUUCUGAGUUUGCUUCUUUAGGAAAAAAAUCUGCGGUUUUUCUCAAAAAUGAACAGAUCCUCAAGGGUAACAACUUCUCUAAAGAACCACUGUUGUUUUGAUCCAGACACAUUCAUUCUUUCUGGUUCCAUGGAGCACAAAAACAUCAGUGAUAAACAGAAAUACUUUGCUGAAAAUAGGCCGUUAGACUUCAAUUUGUUGCCUUUUAACGUAAAAGCAGUAAUUGCAUGGGAGGUUUUGCUGCGUCGACAUAUAGGAAGUCUUGCAUAUUUUAAAAACAGUUUUCUGUUGGAGUUUUUUUUCUCUGAGCUAUCAGGCUGUCAGUUUUUGAUUUUUAUUUUUUACUUAUUUUGCACCGGGUUUGCAGGCUUCAAAGGUUGUCACAAUACCAAAACUUUCAAAUUCUAUACGGUAUUAUUGUAGCCCUGGGCUGAGAAAUCUGAUUCUUGAUCUGUUUUUUUAAGCUUCAGUACUGUCAAACGUAAAAAUAUAUGGUAUAUCAUUUUUAAAAAGUAUCAGAGUAUGAUUUUUUUUUGACAGCCUUGUUCCUAAUCACCUGUGCUCUCAAGUAAAAACUGCAGUUCAUUUAGCACAAUAUUCCUCACCCACUUUCUUUAUUAGCGAUUUACUCUUUCAAACAAGUUUAAAAGAUUUGUUUAAUUUUUUAAACAAAUCUAUUUAGUUGCGUCAGACUCUGGAGUCAUAAGCUGACGUCUUGGAUGCCUUUUUGACCUCAGAUGAAGUUGAAGGCUUUAGAUUUCUGUAAUAAACAAUAUGAUGGUUUGAAAUUACUCCAAAAAGACAGAAAUGAGCUCAGUAUACACAUCAGGUUUUAGGGUUUGCUAGUAACCACAAUGACAGAAAUUAUUCAUUCUCACUUUUAGUUUAACCUUAACCUCCAUAGCCAUUGUUAUGAAAGGCUAAGCAACCAUAACUCGGUACAGAUAGUUUUAUUUAACUGAACUGUGGAAGAAGGCAGUGGUUCCCAAACUUUAUUCCUUAGGGCCCCCUACUCAUAUCUAAGAAAAGCUUAGCCCCUCCAGAACCCUCUUGGAAAAGUAAAGGUUACUCUUUUACAGUCCCAUAAUUAACAGGAAUUUAGCUGGUAAAUGUAUGGUAAUGUACAUGGUGUUACAGGGUAACUACCAGGGGUAAUAAAUAGGUACAGAAAAACUACAGUGAGAGUUUAAGGUAUUAAGCUGGGAAAUGAAUAUAUAUACAUAUGGUGUUAAUGGGUAAGGAUAAGUACAGACAAGCUACAGCUCACUUACUAGGUUUAUACCUGGUAAAUAUAUAUGGUAAUUCACAGUCUUAUUGGUGUAAUACAUUUAUUACAGUGGUACAAUUACACAAUAUAAUGUACCAGGUAAUCCCUAGUAUUUCUUUAAUUCAUCUAGAUUAUUCAUUAUAAUGAUAACUACCCAAUAAUGGUAUUAUUAACCAUAUGUAUUUACCAGGUAAAUACCUGUAGUUUUAGCUGCAGAUGUAAAAUCCAAUAACACUUUAUGGUUAACCGUAUAUUGAGCAGGUAAAUACCCUGUAAUAAGAGGACAGUAGAAGAGAGGGUUACCAAAGUUAACAUCCAUUUCAAUUCAUUUAAUCACAAUAGGCCUACAUACACUUGUUCUUGAUAAAAUGUAUAAACUAUCUGUCAGUAUGAAAGUGUACUAAAGCCACUAUUAGAAAAAAAUAAUAGAGUUCAUUUUUAAGAAAAAAACCCUCUAAGUCAGGGGUGUCAAACUCAGUCACAGCAGGGGCCGGAUUUUGGAUUCAGGUCUAACCUGAGGGUCUAACAGGG